UUGUAUAUACAUACAAUGAGGAGGAAAUACAGAAAAUAUAUAACAAUAUCAAACAAACAAACCAUUCUAACCAGAACCCAAAAAAAUGGAUAUAUUAGAUCUGGAAAAGCACUUUGCCUUCUACGGCGCUAACCAUACGAACCCAAUAAACGUUAUACUCCACAAACUCUUUGUUUGGCCUCUCAUUUUCACUUUUCUUAUUCUCUUUUACUUUACUCCUCCAUUUUUCUCUCCUUCCCAAACACUCCUUAAUUUUAUCCACCCUGUUUUAAUUUUCAACUUUGGUUUUGUAUUCGCUGUUUUCUAUGCUGUUUACUAUGUUGCUUUGGAUAUCAAAGCUGGUUCCUUUGUUGCUGUAUUCACUCUUCUUUGUUGGGUUUCGUCUAGUUUCAUCGCUAAUUCACUCGGCUUCCAACUCGCUUGGAAGGUUGUGUUGGCUGCUCAGUUGAUUGGAUGGACUGGAACAUCUAUUGGUCAUGUUGUGUUUGAGAAACGUGCACCAACUCGAUUGGAUGACUUUGCUCAAGGUCUUUUAAUGGAGCCUUUCUUCGUGAUUCUUGAGGUCCUCCAAUCAUCCAUCGGAUAUGAACCAUAUCCAGGAUUUCAGACAAAGGUGAAGGCAAGGAUAGAAGCCAAUAUCAAAGAAUUCAAGGACAUUGAACAAAAGAAACUUUCUUAGCUUAAAAUAGUUUGCAAAUGUUGUUGUUUUAAACCAUUCCUUUGGAAAUAGAAAAAUAAAAUCUUACAGAAAACUGGAUUUGUUGUGUUGUCAUUUAUUGAGGGGAAAUUGGAGAUAAAUUAGUGGAGAGAUAAUAAAAGUAUAUUUGUUCCAAACAAACAUCAUGAACAUUGUGCAGCUAUUUCUAACUAUGAGUUCCUCAAUUUCAUUGUCAAUGUAGUUCUUGUGAGUCUUCUUGGA